CCUCAUCUCAUUUGGGAUACCGACUGGACGGCGACAUGUCAGAGUCCACAGACAUGCAAAUCAUGGCAUGGCAUCGUUGAUUCCGUCAGAAAGUGCGUGUUCACGAUGUCUGCCUUCGGCACUUCCUCGCCCUCAUCACGGUGCCCUCACAGUACACGCAGCCUCACCUGCGCAGACCGUGACGUCACCGUCAUGCACUUGAGGAAGCGCCACAAGGCACGCAAGAAAAGCACGGCAAUCACAGUGUCACACACGGUGGAACCGGUCACACUCACGACACGCAUAUACAUGCUACCCACCCAGGCCCUCGGACAGCUCUUAAAACGAUCAUCGGUCUUUCGAUUAGUCAGACAGACACGGCACACUCAGUCGUCUUCAUCCCUUCUGCGACGCUUCCUGCACAGGCGCACACACAAAGCCACGCACACAGUGGCAUGGUCAGUCCCGCCGGCUGUGCGUGUUUACCCACCUUCUGUCGUCUUCGCUACGGUCGUUCUCGUCGGCCGGCGGGCGUCUCCUCUCCUCGCGGUGGUCACGGCGGCGAUCAUAAUCAUCCUGGUCGCGGUCACGGUCGCGGCGUCGCAUUCUCUCAUCGUCGCCGUGCUCGUCAUCCCUCGAGCGCUUCCGUGUGACUGUGUCGUUGUCACGCUCUCUUUCCUUUUCCCUGUCCCUGUCUCGGUCUCGUCGGCGGUCGUCAUCCCUAUCCCUGCAGCCACACACACAACACAGCAUCCAUCGAUCCAUUCAUCUGCGUGUCUAUAUACGCGUGUGGUGGGGUGGUGUACCUGUCCUUGUCAUCGUCUCUGGUGCGGCCGGAUCCGUCACGCCGGUCGUGUCGGUCAUCCUCAAGUCGGUUGCGGCGGGGAGGCCCCUCCCUCUCCCUCUCCCUGUCUCUCUCAUUCUCCCUUUUCCUCUCGUCCUCCUCGUCGUCACGGCUGUCCCUCGGUCGGCGGUCUCUCUCACGCAGGCUCGCACGCACCCGCUCACGCAUUGCCUCACGCUCAUCCUGAACGAUGGAAGAAGACUCAUGCUGUCACACGGUGUGUAUGUGCGCGUGUGGGUGAGCAUACGUCCUCUCCGCGGUCUUCCUUGGGGCGCUCCCGCCGGUCCUCACGACGGUCUUCGUGUCGAUCCUCGCGCUGCAUCCAUGGCACCCGACACAGACACGCAACCAGCAGUGAGUGAGUGUACUGUGACCUCCACUGUCUGCCGCUGUGUCGCCUUGCCUACCUCGUCGUCACGGUGGCGUCUGCGGUCAUCGUCUUUCCUCUCCAGCUCCCUCUCACGCCGGCCGCGGUCGCUCUCCCUCACCCUGUCACCACCAGCCUCUUUGUCGGCCUCACGGGCAUGUCGGUCUCGCCUGUCAGCCUGACGACCAACGGGUAAACACACAGGCGUGUGGAUUGACUGUGUGGUGCUUCUGGGCGCUAUGCUGACCUCUUUCGGCCUAUCUUCUUUCUGUCGGUCGUGUGUGCGCCGGUCCUCUCUAUCACGCUGAAUGGUCAAUGAAGGAACAACGCACACAACGAGCAAUGACAUAGGGCGGCACACGCCCUUCGGUCAAUCACUCAUCGUCUCCAGCUUACGUGGUCGUCAUCAUGAUGGGGCCGUGUGCGGUCGUCACGACGGUCCUCCCUGUCCCGGUCGCCCUCGUCCAGCCGACGCCUCUCGUCCACAUGGCGGUCGCGGCCACGCUGACAAAACACACAUACACGGACACACAUUUUGCAUCCCUGGCUUGCCGGCGACUCCCUGAAAGUCACAUUACCUCCUGGUGCUUUUUGCGCGUGUCGUCGUCGUCCUCAGGCCGCUCCUCCCUGCCUCUGCCGCCACGGCCGCGUGUGUCCCUGUCCUCCUCUCUGUCUCUCUCUCGGUCGGGCCUCUCCCGUCGAUCGUCGCGACGGCCCCUCUCGCCCUCCCGCUGCACACAGGCAGACAGGGGCGACAUGGACACACGAGUGAAAGCCCUUGCCUCCUCUUGCUCACCUCGUCAGCGUGGCGCCCUCUCCGCUCUCCGCGGUCGGCGUCUGUGUCAGCAUCACGCUCACUGGGGCACACACACAGGUGUGUUAGAGUCUGGAGCGUGUUCUGCCUUCUUUAGUCACUCACCGUCUGUCAUCCCGAUCGCGCUUUCUGUCGUAGCUGUCAGGGCCAUGUCGACUGAUCACACACAGCAGACAGAGGGAAGAGUGCACACGCCAGCAGGUUGGUGGUGUCCCUUCCCUUGCCAGCAGCUUACCCGUCUCUGUCCUUCUCUCUGUCCUUCUCCCUCUCCCUGUCCUUCUCUCUGUCCUUUUCUCUGUCCUUCUCCCUCUCCCUCUUCCUCUCGGGCGCCCGCUCCUCCCGAUCCACAGUGGCAUUGUCACGACCGCCGGCCUCUUUGCGGAUAGCCGUCUGCCGCUCUUCACCACCUGAACGAUCCCUCGGCGGCCUGCCCCCCUCCUCCCUCUCCUCACGGCGGCUGCGGUCUCUGCGGUCCUUGUCGUCGUCAUGGUCGUCAGCCCGACGGCCUCGGCGCACGUCGGCGCGUCGGUCGUCGUCCUCCCUCCUCUCACGGCGGUCCUUCCUGCCCGCAUCCUCAUCGUCGUCCCGUCGACGAACGUCAAGGUCUCGGCUGCGAGACCUGCAGUCACACAGAGGCAGAUAAGAGCAAUGAUGCCUGCAGUGGUGUGUUCGUCUGUCUGCCCACCUCUCGCGAUCUCUGCGUGCGGGGCGGUCCUUCUCUCGAUCGCGUCGGGAUGUCUCGUCGGCGCGGUCAUCACGACGCCUGUAGAGGAGAGGAAAAGCUCAGCGAGCGAGCCUCUGGUCUACGUGUAGUGGGUAUUUGUGCGUGCGUGCGUGCGUGCGUGUCGGGCCUCACCUCUUGUCGUCGUCCCUCUUGCGGCGGUCGUCGGUGUCGCCAUUCUUCUCGUCCGUCUCCUCCUCCUUGAUGAUGACCGGGUGGUGCCGCUCCUUCUCCUUGUCCCUCUCCUUGUCCCUGCCCUUGUCCUUGCCCUUGCCCUUCUCCUUCUCCUUGUUCUUGUCUUUGUCUUUGUCCUUCUCCUCCCGGCCCCUCUUGUUGUCCCGCCUCUUGCGCCGCCGUCGGUCCGACUCAUCUGACGAGCUCGAGGACUCCUCCGAUGACGACUCGCUCUCGGAUGAGCUGCUCUCGGAGCUGCUGCUCUCGUCCCUCUUACGGCGCUUCUUGUGCUUGCCCUUGUCCUUGUCUUUGUCCUUGUCUUUGUCCUUGCUGGCGCCCUCCCUGAGUUUGCGCUGCAUGCGCUCCUCCUCCUUCUCACGGGCCUCCCUGUCCUCCCUGGCCUGCUUGCGCUGUAGCCUCUCCAUCUCUUGUGCGUCUCGGUUGAAGGCGUGGCCCGGCUGGUGGUCGGACCUGAGCUUGAAGGCACCCGCCAGACGCUGCAGCUGCUCCUCCUUCAGCGCACGCUGCUCGUGGGUCGUCAUCCUGAUGACGACCCACACACACACACACAUACACACACACAUACACACACAUGGAUGCAGCACGUGUGAUUCCCACGUGUCUGUGUGUGUCUCCCCCUGUGUGUGUGGUGUGCCCUACUCACUCGUCGACAGGUUUCUGCUCGAUUUUCCUGGUGUCGACCCCGAUGGCCUCGAGUGCCGCAUACCUCCUGCGCCUCUCCCGCUCGAUGAAGUCCCUGACCUCGUCCUUGUCGCGUCCAUCCUUCUCCAUCUGCAGCUGCCUGGCCAGGAGGUCGGCCUCGAUCUCGCGCUUCUUCUGGUGCAUCAGGAUGUCCUUGUCGGGCUUGCGCACCUUGACGCCCUCCUUGUCGAGCUCCAGCUUCUUGUCGAAGUCCGUCGGCUUCGGGCGGACGUACGACAGGUUGCGCUGCACGUAGCCACUCGUGCCCGACCCCCGGGGGGUCGUCAGACCUAUCCCGUUGUACAUGCUGCUGAAUGACCAGUCAACCUGGAUGCGGCAAGGCCGACAGGACGACAGACAGAAAUGUCGCUGUCAGGGGAAGAUCCGGCUUCACGGUGAGAGGAAGCACGAUGGAGAGGACAAGCCGUCUUUUC